UCCGCUACAGGAAUCCACAACCCUCUGAUGACCCGCUGGCCUGAUGAUAAUCCAUGGCUUCGUUCAGGCUGACAUGAAAAGGCCGGCACUUUUUGGACCAUAAAAUACACUACAGUUAUGGCGUGUCUCCACUGAGCACACUUACUGCUAUGGGGAAGCUGCAAAGUAAAGUAAAACGCAGCACGUCCUGCUACAGGGCUGACAUAGAGACCAGCUGCAACACUGGGGGUAAAACAGUGCAGCAGUACAGCCCUGCCCACAGCGAUGCAGUGACCUCCUUGGCUUGCCUGACGCCUGAGUAUUGUGUGUCUGGAGGGAAGGACAAGGCGGUGGUCCUGUAUAACUGGAGAUCUGGCUUUGCACAACAAAGGUACCUGGAACAUGAACGUGACGUUACUAAGGUUGCCUGCGUCUUUCAAUCGAACAGAAUUUUCAGUGCUUCUCGUGACAAGACUGCGCUGAUGUGGGAUGCAGAGAGUAAGGGUGGUCCCCUGCAGGAGUUCACUGGACAUGAACUAGUGGUGACUGGCCUCGCCGUCAGCCCAGAUGGCUUGCUGUUAUGCACGGGAUCCCGGGACAACACCAUGUGCAUGUGGGAUGUACAGACUGGACACUGUUUACACAAUUCCUCCAUCUCCAGGAAUCUGGUGACGCAUGUCUGCUGGGUUCCUGGAGAGUCGCUUGUCGUUCAGACCUCAGAGGACAAGAUGAUGAGGCUGUGGGACAGUCGGGAGCUCCACGUGGCUCACACCUUCCCUGUAAAGCAGCACAUCCAGACCCACUGUGACACGAGUGCUGAGGGACGAUAUUGCGUAACCAGCAGUAAUGGAUUUGGCAGCGAGGGCUGCGAGGCCACACUGUGGGACCUGAGACAGACCAAAGAUAAAGUCUGUGACUAUAGGGGGCACCAACAGAGCACUGCAGCCUGCAUCUUUCUCCCGAGCGGCUCUACCUCAGUCCCUUUAGUGGCAACUUCAUCUCACGACUGUACUGUGAAGCUCUGGAACCGGGACACAGCAGCCUGUGUGAGCUCCUAUUCCCUGGAUGGGGCUGGGCCUCUCACGUCGCUGGCCUCCUGUGACAGGGCCAGUUUGCUGUGCGGCAGCUUUAAUAGAGGAAUUCACGUCCUCGCAGUGAACGAGUCAAGAGGCUGUAGCCUGAGCGAGGUUGCGAGAUUCUGAGCACGUUUCUCGAGCCACACAUGGGGAAACAGCAUCAGAGAGCGUCUGGGGAACCGAUUAUCUGAUUAGCCGAACACAGGGAGGUGGCGCUGGGUGGAAUGAAAGACCAGUGCUCUCUGUGUUUAUGUUAAUAACUAUUAUUAUUAUAUUAAGCACUUUUCUGUUAAUAGGUGAUGUCCCUGUGUGUACUGUGUAUAAUCUGGACUCUCCAAAAUAAGCUAUGAACAAUAUGGGUUAGAUAAGUUUUAAAGGAGUGAAAUUAACCUGAACUUGUUUAAAGUAUUUCCAAGGUACUAGUUGCUGUCGUUCUGGUCCUCGAUGGAAUUUGGGAGUCUGAUGCUAACUGCUCUGCUCUUGGCAAGUGAGAGCUGACCCUUCAUGUCUGAUCCUGUGUGGUUUACACGAGUGCUGUUGCCAGUUCUGUGCAGGGAAUAUCUGCUUGGCACGACCUCUCGACACGAAAGGCGCCGUUUGAAUGUAAUUUUUUUUAGUUGUCUACACCAACUUGGCUCGGUUGGCAGGAUUCUCACCUGUGGGUCAGAAGAUUGCUGGUUUAGAGUCCAGGCUGACGCUCACAGU